GUUUUUGCUGUAACACAAUACGUCAUUGAAUUGGAGCAGGAGCAUUAUCGACUAGCCGAGCUUGGUCAGUUGUAAUGGAAGGGGGCGGGGCAGCAGGCGUCGACCUCAGCAGGAAGUUUGUGUCGGAAACUGAGCUCGAUGAGAAGAGGAAAAAGAGACAGGAGGAAUGGGAGAAAGUGAGGAAACCAGACGAUCCAGAGGAGGCCCCAGAGGAGAAAUAUGACCCACGUUCCCUCUUUGAGCGAUUGCAGGAGCAGAAAGACAAGAAACAAGAGGAAUUUGAGGAGCAGUUCAAAUUCAGGAACAUGGUGAGGGGAUUGGACGAGGAAGAGUCCAGCUUCCUGGACGAGGUCUCCCGGCAACAGUGCCUGGUGGAGAAGCAGCGCAGAGACGAGGAGAAACAGGAACUGCUGGAAUACAGAAGCGCUCUAGUGAAGCAAGCGUCCACUGAAAGCCGCAAAGAGCCUGAAAAAAAGGUGGCACCUAAACAUUCAGGGCCGGAGCAAAGGACCAGCCACCUGUCUCAGGCCCAUUUAUUGGCUGGAGCUGUCAAGAGACGCAGUUCCUCCCAGUCGUCAGACACCAGUAAGAAACAGAAGGUGGAAAUCACAACGACAUCAACGACAGGAAACGGAGACCGACACACAGAACAGGAGGAUGGAGCAGGAGGAGGAGGAGCGGGCGGAGCUGAAAAUAAAGAAACAGUCCCCAGCCUGACGGCGAAGACCCCCCCGGCCCCCCCGAGCUCCGGUCAAGGCGUGUUACACCUGCCGUCAGCAGCCGUGUGCGUCGGCGUUUUACCGGGACUCUGGGUUUAUUCUGGCAGCAGCGACUCUGACAGCAGCUCGGACAGCGAAGUUUAAGCCGAGCAACCAAUCCCGCACUGCCUAUCCCGACGACAUCCUGCCCCCCCCUACACCCAACCCUACUCCCCACCCAAGCCACAGCGACUGCAAGCUGUGCUGCUGGCUGAGGGAACAGUGAUUGACAGCUGUGGAGCAAGGAGGAGACUGCUUAGACUGUGUCAAAUGACUCACACCGUUUAGCUAACCGCAGCAGAGGAGAGAGAGCCAGGGCAGGAAACGCUUCGCUCUCCGUUUGGGUUAAACGCAAAAGUCUGAAUGGUUUGGAAAAAUCAUGUUUUUAUUUUUGUGAUGUAAUGUGUUUUUCUCUUCAGUAGUUUGUUUUAAAGUUCCAUUGUGCUGGAAAGAUGCUGGACUGUUUGCUGCUGUCUCAGGCGUUUGUGAGGAGUUUUGUUUUGUUGGUCAAAGUCUGAGCAGAGAGAAAUAAAGAGCUUUCCCUUGUGA